AUGGUCAAAUGGUCGCAGUUGUUUGGCAGAGAGCGAAACUCUCGCCAUCUUCGCGAUGAAAUGUGGAGAUUACUUCCCAGCAAUAACGAUGACCUUCCGGCGCCAGCCUAUCCCGCCCGCGAAGUAACAAAAGUAGCCCUUCGCCUGAAAUACCAAAUCGAAGAAGUCAUUCCUAUCGAACUCCCCGAGGACAAAAUCACCGCAGCCAACUCCGGCGUGAUCACCAAAAACGUUGUCCAGACUGCCAAAGAAGCCGGAGGAAAAGACUAUGCCGCCUGCGUCGUAUAUUGCCUGCUCGUAUGCAAGAGAUGGUUCAGCCGCCAGGCCGUACUCGAGCUGUGGGACGCCGACCUGCACCAAGUUCGCGCUGUGGCCUGCGAGAUCAUUGCGAAGCGCAUCAUUGAAGCGGAAGAAGACCAAGAAUAUCUGAUGCAAAAGGUCCUCCUCCAGCGGUACAGCGUUGUCCGCGGCGACGAAGAGAGUGCCCCCACCAAUGUGAUCGAGCGCGCCGUCGACCUGCACUGUCUCACUGUGAUCGGAUCCUCGGGCUACCAGAAAUGCAUCAAGUAUCUUUGGCGAGGAUGGAUCCAGCAGGACGACAAAGACGCGGCGGUGUACCGCUUCUACCACGAGCGCGACAACACCAACUUCUGGGCGCACUACGACCCAGACCGCAUGCGCACGCCUCUCUAUCAGAACGUGGUCCAAGUCUCCGUUUCAAUUAUUUACUUAGCCCUCUACACCGGCGCCGUCAACACGAUCAACGAAGAAGGCGAUCUUGACCUCGUGGAGGGGAUAUUGUACAUGAUGACCCUAGGAUUCAUAUGCGACGAGGUCGCAAAGCUCUGGAAAGUUGGCAUCUUCUACAUCGGAUUCUGGAACGUGUUCAACAAUUGUCUUUAUGCACUACUGACGGCCUCCUUCGUCAUAAGGAUGACCGCUCUAUCACAUUCCCCUAACGAGCACGACGAGCGCCGCCGCGAGCUCAAUCAGCUGGGCUACCACAUCUUCUGCUUCUCUGCGCCCAUGUUUUGGAUGCGCCUGCUGCUGUAUCUCGACACUUUCCGCUUCUUCGGCGCUAUGCUUGUUGUCCUAAAGGUCAUGAUGCGUGAGAGUCUGAUCUUCUUCCUGCUCCUGAUCGUCGUGUGCGUGGGGUUCCUGCAGGCGUUCAUCGGCCUGAACCAAGUCGAAGGUAACGCCAGUAUCACCACAUUCAUCAUCACCAGCAUGGCCAAUUCAGUGAUGCAGUCUCCAGACUUUGAAGGGUUUGAUAACUACGCUCACCCCUUCGGCCUGAUAUUGUACUACAUUUUCACCUUUGUCGUGAUGGUCAUCCUUCUGAACAUUUUGAUUGCGCUGUACAACUCCGCGUACGAGGAUAUCACGGAGAACGCCAUCGAUGAGUACAUGGCAAUGUUUGCGCAGAAGACACUGCAAUUCGUGCGAGCGCCAGACGAAAACGUCUUCAUCGCACCACUGAAUUUGAUCGAGCUAUUCUUCCUCAUUCUGCCGUUCGAGUGGUGGAUGGAGAAGCGGCGUUACCAGCGACUCAAUGACUAUGUCAUGGGAAUCAUUUACAGCCCACUUCUGCUGAUAACAGCGGCUUUGGAGGCAAGAGAGGCGCGAUCAGUACGCGAUAACCGCCGCCGUGGCGAGGAGGACGAUGAUACAAUUGAGGAGUGGGAGGAAUUGCAAGACGAGCUGGAUUUUGAGAGCGAGGGAUGGGACAAGAAGGUCCAGAGCUCGAAGCCAAUUGUUGAUGUUGAUGCGGAUGUUGUGGAGAUUCGAGAGCUGAAGCAACAGAUCAAAGAGCUCAAGGAGAUGGUGAGGGGGAUGAGCGUUGAGCCGGAAGGAUAG